UACUCUAUACGUAUAGUGAAUUGAGUGAAUUCGUAGGUCCGUUAAAAAUAACAAAACUGUUUGGUGAUUAAAUAAGAGUUGCUAUUACUAUAUCAAUUUCUCUCAUAUAAGACUGUCCAUAACCUCAGUUGUGACAUUUAUUUAUAAAUGCAUGCAAAUGCAUGUUCGAGCUCAAGCCGAGUUUAAGAUAAAGUCGUGUUCAAAAAAAAGAAGGAAUAAUUUCGAGAGAAUUCGGGUACUCGAAUAAAACAGAUUGGAUACAGGUGGGGGAUAAGCCAAUGGAAGCGUACCGACAGAAAGUGACAUAUAUAUAUGCAGAGUGUCACACAUUCAACAUAUACACAUUACAGGUUUAAAGGCAGUUACACAUUCAAUGGUACGCGAAGGUGUACGUUCCUUGCUGAUGUCAAUGUUUUUCUGUUCAAGUUUGCGCAUUCAAUGUAGACUCUACUUGAAUAAUAUUGUGAUGCCAGCACGGAAGGUUCACGUCGCGUCGCGAACGCAUGGAAUGUAUUUUUAAUGUAUAGUCGCCUUUAGGAAUUUCAAACACUUGUCGGCAUUUUUCGUGGCACGCGCCGCUCAUCUUAGGACUAGAUCUAGUUAGGACAGGUCUACCCCCUACCAUAUUCUGUGAUUGACUUAUAGUUUCGGCAACACCAUCAGUUUGUGUGAUUCUUCUCUGGAUUUCGCACGUGUUUAUCUUCAAAUCAAUCACAUUUUUGAAAAAGGUUCAAACUGGCAGGAAAACUUUUUGGCGCACUUAAGUCGAUAAUGAGUUUGUCGGAGGAAAAUGGAUCAUUCCAACCUCCUGCAGAUGAUGGGAAACGUCCACCUGAAGGAGGAGAGGGAUCAAUCCAACCUCCUGCAGAUGAUGGGAAACGUCCACCUGAAGGAGGAGAGACCGCACAUAUUGAUCCAAAGAAUAAAACCGAUAAGGGAAAUGGAGGAAAGGAUAGAAGAUCAAAAAGUGUGAGAGAAGGAAGUAGUUCAAGUAAGAAGGAGAAUAGCAGAAGGAAUUCUCAAAGAGGACAUGAUUCAGAAAGGAGAAAUGAAGGGGAUAGAAAUAGGUUAAGGGAGACAAGUUAUGAAGAAAGGAGGGGUAGAGGAAGAAAGCAGAACGCUGGAAGAAAACAAAGAAAUUUCAAUCGUGGAAAUGGACGUACCCAUAUCGGGAAGAAAGUGAUAAUAAUCAACCCCAGAGGACCCAUCAAAUUUUAAUUAUAUUAUAAAAAAAUAUUUUAUUAAAAUAAAUGAAAAUAUAAAUUGA